GUAGGCACUUACCCGCGUGACAUUAACGCGCGGCGCGCAUAACUUCUUUCUGGUUUUCACUCUAAACACGCUGCUCGCUAAGUGGGCAGGGCAAGCUGUGAUAUCUAAUUAGGCGACGGGCUUCGUGGUUGGGUGGACAACUAAUGGUAGUUCGGCUUUACUUAUGUUUGGGGGGCGGCCCUGUGUGCUCAGUCACUCCCUCCUCCUCCUCCUCCUCCACCUCCUCCUCCUCCUCCCUUUGGGGUUAGUUUGCUUGUGUUUAGUUCCCAGAGACAGUCAAAUCGGAUUCCUUUGGGAAAGGACACAAAUCACUCCCGUUUGAACAAGGGGAACAGCGAGGGAGCUGUCUCCACAAGGGUCCACCUCUCCUGGUUGAUUUCAUAUUGCUCAUUCAUGUGAUUUGAUCAGAGAAUACUCUUUGUGGAGAAAGACAGGAAAGGAAAGAAGGAGAAAAUAAAGGGAAAAAAUAGUCUCUGGAUGAUGACAUUUGAUCUAACCCUCAGCGAAGCCCGUUCUUGAUCCUAUUGUUUCUUAAAGUGACAUUAGACUUUUUUUUUUUUUUUUUUUUGCUCACGCUAGACCAAAGGGACCUCCAGUCUAAUCUUACAGUUUUUGUUUGUUUGUUUGUUUAUUGUUGCACGGUGUUCCCAAACCUGGAUGUUGACAUCUCGCGUUUCUUUUGGCACGUCGCUCUAUUUUGUGUUUCAGAGAGGAAGCGCUAAUAGAGACAAACGCGGUGACACCUGCUCACCCAUACACUUCUCCUUGUCUUUUUUUAACGGAGCGAUCAAAAGAAGCAAGCAUCGACUGAGACGGUGACAGGAGUCUGUUUUCAUGUUCGGGAUUCAAGACAGCAUUCAAAGGAGCGGGAGUAGUAUGAAAGAGGAGCCCAUCGGUGCCGGGAUGAACGCUGUCCGGACAUGGAUGCAGGGUGCCGGAGUGUUGGAUGCGAACACAGCCGCUCAGAGUGGAGUGGGUCUUGCUCGAGCACACUUUGAGAAGCAGCCUCCUUCAAAUCUUCGCAAAUCCAACUUCUUCCACUUCGUUUUAGCGCUAUACGACAGACAAGGACAACCCGUGGAAAUUGAAAGAACUUCUUUUGUUGGAUUUGUUGAAAAAGAAAAGGAAACUAGCGGGGAAAAGACAAACAAUGGGAUCCAUUACAGAUUGCAGCUUCUUUACAGCAACGGCAUCAGAACAGAACAGGACUUUUAUGUACGCCUGAUUGACUCCAUGACCAAACAGGCAAUUAUCUAUGAAGGGCAAGACAAAAACCCAGAGAUGUGUCGGGUGCUGCUGACGCACGAGAUCAUGUGCAGCCGCUGCUGUGACAAGAAAAGUUGUGGCAAUCGUAACGAGACGCCCUCUGACCCGGUCAUCAUCGACAGGUUUUUCCUGAAAUUCUUCCUCAAAUGCAACCAGAACUGCCUAAAGAAUGCAGGGAACCCACGAGACAUGCGGCGCUUUCAGGUGGUGGUGUCUACGACGGUCAGCGUGGACGGACAUGUCCUGGCUGUGUCCGAUAACAUGUUUGUACAUAAUAACUCUAAACAUGGACGUAGAGCUCGCAGGAUGGAUCCGUCUGAAGGAACUCCAUCAUACCUGGAACACGGUGAGUCUACUCCUUGCAUUAAGGCCAUCAGUCCCAGUGAAGGCUGGACAACAGGGGGUGCCACAGUCAUCAUCAUCGGUGAUAACUUCUUUGACGGCCUACAGGUCAUCUUUGGAACCAUGCUGGUCUGGAGUGAGCUCAUAACCCCUCACGCCAUUCGAGUUCAGACUCCUCCCAGACACAUUCCCGGGGUUGUGGAGGUCACCCUGUCCUACAAGUCAAAGCAGUUCUGCAAAGGUACACCGGGCAGAUUUAUCUACACAGCACUGAAUGAACCCACUAUUGACUAUGGUUUCCAGCGGCUACAGAAGGUGAUACCUAGACACCCAGGCGACCCUGAGCGCUUACCAAAGGAGGUGAUUCUGAAGAGGGCAGCAGACCUGGUGGAAGCUCUGUAUGGGAUGCCACACAAUAAUCAGGAGAUCAUUCUAAAAAGAGCAGCGGAUAUCGCAGAGGCGCUUUACAACGUCCCACGUGGUCACAACCAGCUGCCAGGUCUGGCCAACAGCUCAGUCCACACUGGCAUGAUGGGAGUCAACUCCUUCCACAGCCAGCUCGCUGUCAAUGUGUCUGAGUCCACACAAGCAGCCAAUCAGGGUUUCAGUCGAAACACAAGCAGCGUAUCCCCUCACGGUUACGUACCCAGCACGACACCCCAGCAGAGUAGCUACAGUACCGUCUCUACCAGUAUGAAUGGAUAUGGAAACACAGGCAUGACCACGCUGGGAGGAUCGCCCAACUUCCUCAACGGCUCUGCUGCCAACUCUCCUUAUGCCAUUGUUCCUUCCAGUCCCACCAUGGCCUCCUCCACCAGUCUUCCCUCCAACUGCAGCAGUUCCUCAGGCAUCUUCUCUUUCUCUCCGGCCAACAUGGUGUCUGCAGUCAAACAGAAGAGCGCUUUUGCUCCCGUCGUGCGGCCCCAGGCCUCGCCACCCCCUACCUGCACUAGUGCCAACGGAAACGGCCUCCAAGUAGAUCAAUCUUUUGUGGACUCUAGCAAGUACUCCACCGCCAGCUCCCUGCAGGGACUGGCCUUCUCCUGAAUGAUCCCAGGGAUGAUUGUUCCUCCCAUGUAGGGGCUUCUGGGAUGCUGAAGAGGCACAUUUGAUUUCAGCUCUCGCCAGAGAAUCUACGGUCUGAGCUGAAGACAAUUUCUGGUGGAGGAAACAUGAAAACUGAACUUUUAAAACUCAGGCCUUUUGACAAAGGAAUCUCAUUUUAUGGGAAGAAAGUGUUUGUUUGCUUUUGUUUUUAAGCUAAUAUCUGGACUGAUCUACCGGAGGACUUUCCACCCCUGUGUUUUACCCAUGCGUAAAGGAGGGAUGGAUUUCUUUUUCAUUUUAUUCAUGGGCUUUUUUGAUGAAUUCAAUGAUAUCAUGCCUUUUUUACAGACUGUAUCACACAAACAUGACACUUUAGGAGCGGGUGCAUCUGUAUUGUUCCUGAGAGAGCAGUGAUGGGCAACGGCACAGAUCUCUGUUAAUACUGACCAGUUUUUAUAUAAACAGACAACAUUAGUGCAAAAUCCAAAUGAGAACAUUUAGGCCAACUGUUUGAACACAAAAAAAGAGGGGAUGGGUUUUUUGUUUGUUUGUUUGUUUGUUUGUUUUUGUUUUUUUCCCCCCAGAGAAAAGCCAACAAAUAGUUUGCCAUAGUCUUGUUUUCUUACUAAAUGAAAUUGUAGCGCCAUACUUACUUCCCUGUUGUAAUUUUUUGCGAAGAGUCAUAUGAAGCAUCUGGGUACCAGCCGGCUUGGAUGGCUAUGAUGUAGGAAAGUUAUUUAAGAGUUAUUAAAUGCUGUCAUGCUGUAAUUUUUCAACGUCCAGAUCCGUCCUCAAAGAGAAGAAAAAGCGACCCAAUUUCCACAACAAAUCAGUGUUUAUGUUCAUGCAAAUAUUUGCUGCUAAGUAGAGCAGAGAUAUGCAGUAAACAGAUGGACUGAAGGACAACACCCUCAGUUGCCAUGCCAUUUAAUUAAAAAAAAAAAAAAUUUUGAAUUUUAUGUGCUCAAAGAAUGUGAUGAUUUUUUGAUCUUUUCUUUUUGUUUUUGCUUUGUCUAUGGAAAAAAUGAAACUGUGAUUAUAUAAAUUUGAAUGUGUUUGGUUUGCUGUGUUCACUAGUGAAGGAUAUAGGUUAAAUGAAGUAUAAGAGGAAUACUAUUUCAGAGCCGACUGUUAAAACAACCCAUUUUUUUCUUUUUGUGUGUUUCUUUGGCUUGUUUUGGGGGACAUGACUUGAAAUAACAAAGUAUUUUCAUGUUUAGACGGCACUGUAUGAAGAAUGCUUUCCAAAUGUGUCAAACACCCAACAUACAGCAGUUUGAUUGGCUUACUUUGGUAGUCGUCUAUUUUUGUACAUAUACUUUCUGUUGCCAAAGUCUUUGUUUUAUUUGUAUUUAUCUCAGAAUGGCUUAAGGCAGCUCAUAAUAACACUGAUGAUCAGUUCAUUUCAUAAGUUACACAAAACUUCAGCAAACACAAAUCAAGGAUUCUGGACAAAAAAGUGGGGAGUCUGUAAAAUAUCCAUAUAAAUAAUGUAUGUAUAUCCAGAUUUUGUAUAUUCUUUUCUCCCCAACAUUUCUUUGAUUGUGGAAGGUUUUUCGUGAUUAUUAUUUGUCCAUCUGUUUGCUUUCAUCCCCGACAUUGUCUUUAUUGUUAAUGUUUUUGUCUGCAUUUAGGUCCAUGUUUUGUAUCAUGUCAAGCUUCCAUUUUUUAAGUUGUAUUCAUAAAAAAGCCAUUGUCUAUUUUUGUAUAAUUUGUAAGUUAAAAAGCAAUUGUUUUCCUUUUGGAAUUUUUAAUGUAUGGCAAAAAAGUAGCAUCUCACAGCAUUUAGUUAUGUAGAUUUUUUUUUAAAAAAAAUUAUAUAUAUAUAUAUAUAUAAAUGAUGAAUAUAUAAAUCUAUAUCUUUUUCUUUAAAGACUUACAGAACCUGUACUAUUGUAAUAAUAUGCAUGGGCUCUUCUCUGAGAGUGAUGGUUUUAUUUUGCGUGUCAAACCUAGGAGGACGUUUUUGAUGAAGUUUUAAUCUACGUUCUUUUCUUUGCUCUUUUAUUUAUCUGAUUAUUUAUGCCUGCUUAUAAAUCUGUCUAUUCCAUUUUCUCUCUCUCACGUUUAUCAAUACCAGCAGUAUAGAUGCCUUAACAAUGCAAACCCAUAAGUGAAGAAUCACUUGUACGGACUUCAUCAUAACCACCAUCACCAAUUACAGUAGCCACAGAGUUCCUUAAGGGAUUUCUUUCUGGAAAAAAGCACAAAUCGGUCUGUUUUACCUAAAGCAAGGAGGGUUAAAUGAAUUAUUUGUCCUUUUUCUGUUGUUUGUAUUAUGAAGGGUAAUGAAAGGGAACUUGAAGGAAUAUAAAGAGAGAAUAUAUGAUUCAUAUUUUAUGUGUUGCUAGCGGGAUGGGUUGCACUUUCUUUCUCAUUAAUUUAAAGCAAAAGUCUGCCUUUUUUUUUUCUCCAUUCGCUUAUGUCUGCUGCGUUCACGAGAGGGGGAGAAGCUCAAAGCCAUAUUCCACAGUGUCACUGUUCGCUCGGAGGGGACGUUUGCUUUAGCUGGAGGUGCAUGUGAGCCUGCAUGUUCUGGGUCGUGGUAUGUUGUUCAUGCUGCAGCACUCUGUAAGGUACCGUUGGCGUAUUUCUCACCCUGAGCAAAGUGACUCGAUUUCAGAGCACAACACCUUGCCCCCAGAGCUGAGGUGCUGCUGACUCCCAGUCUGUAACGCUGUGUCUAAUUCUACUGUCAGCCGACUCGGUCUUCAGGACUCUUGAAUGGUUUAAGUGCUGUCUCCAAAAAUGUGUCUGCACUCUGCCAUCUAACAGAAAAUGGCUUUUAAUAUGCCGAUUUGGGGUUUGUGUGAGGACUUUUUAUCGGAAAUGACUGAUGAUUGAGCAUUCAUGUUUUUCUUUCCCUAUGUGGCUGCUACACAUUGGUUACUUUGUUAGCAGCUCCAUCGCAAUGGUUAAGAUGGACUUCUUAUAAAACGACAAGCAUUUGUAGGACACAAGACUCGAACCAAAAAGAUGGUCUCCUUUUUUUCUGCCUCCUGUUCUUGUGUUUGUUUGUUUCAAUUUUUGACUGGAUACACACUGAACCGUUCUAUUGAUAGGAAAACUCAAGACAAAAACUACUGUAUAGAUUGUUAUCAUUUUUUGAUGAAAGCUGUAAAAUAACUUUUCAAAGUUCACAAUAUUAAAUUAAAGUUACUUCUUGUCUGUGA